AUGAACUCUACAAAUGGAGACAAGACAAUGGCCCUGGAGCAUCGCUCACUGGGGCUCAUUCGGGGGGCACUUUCCGAUGAUAUUAAAACUGUCCAGUAUCGCAAUAUAAAAUAUGCCGAUAUUCCAGAUCGCUGGCAGAAACCACGGAUCGCCCGUUCGAAACUCAGCCCCGUUGAAUAUGACGGCACCGUGCAUGGCCCAAUCUGCCCGCAACCUGCUGGUGGUUGGGAUUAUGAUAUGAAGUUAUAUGGGGAUGUGAAGCUGCCUUAUGAACCCUCCUAUUCAUCUGAAUAUGAAUGCCUUAAUGCCGUCGUCACUACCCCGAGCACCGCGUCUCGCACUUCCGCUCUACCAGUAAUGAUAUGGGUACACGGAGGUGGUUUUGCUAUAGGUAGUUCGUCGUGGCCACAAUAUGAUUUGCAGAAGUUCGUCUCGCGUUCCGUCGACAUUGGCCAUCCGAUUAUUGGUAUCUCCUUUAAUUAUCGACUCGGCAUUCUAGGCUUUUUCGCCUCUGAUGAGCUAGGCACUGAGGGAAAUCUUGGUUUCUUGGAUCAAGCCUGCGCAUUUGAAUGGGUUAAGCUCCAUAUCGAAGAGUUCGGUGGCGAUCCAGCAAACAUCACUGUUGUGGGAGAAUCUGCAGGCGCCACGUCAAAACAGCCAGCCUUUGAUAGGGCUAUAGUCAUGAGUGGUGAUGCCAGCUUGCGAAACCCCCGGACGCCUGCCAAGCAGCACGAAUUAUACUGGCAAAAUGUGCAAGCGUUAGGGUUAGCUGAACUGAGCGUGACUGAUCGAAUUCAUAAGAUGAGGGUAACACCAAUAGAAGAUCUGCUAGCAAAACUUCCAUUCGCACAGUACUUCACUGCCACCACCGGAGGAGAAUUUCUACCUGAGAAAGUUGAUCUUCUAAGGCUAUCCGACGAGUCCAGCAGAUACGGCAAACCAAGCUGGUGCACUGAAGUAGUGUUCGGCAGCACUUUACAUGACGCUUCUCUUUUCAAAGAUCGUAUACAACGGCAUCCAGCUUUACUCGACACCGUCCUCAGAGCCAUCGACCAAACGAUACCGGAAGGGGAUAGAGAUAGUGUAAAGGAUGCGUAUCAUCUCCAACAAAACACGAGCAAUUCAACUUUGGUUGACAGUAUUGUCCAACUUAUCUCAGAUAUUGGGUUUUAUCUGCCUACCAAGGAGCUUGCGCAGGCGUAUGAAACUGGAGGCAGUACAUCUUGUCAUACAUAUCACUUUAAUCAGUUAAACCCUUUCCCGGGAAAGUAUACAGGUACCGCAUCCCACGAGCUCGAUGUAGCUUACUUGCUGCAAAACUUCAACGGAGUCUUCUCAACAAUGGACGCAGAUUUCGCUAAGGCUGUAGCUGAUAUUUGGAUACGGUUUAUAAAUGGAUUGGGUUGGCCGAGUGGCAAUAGCAAGGUCGAUACCCUUGUUUUAGGCCCAGAAGGCUCCUUGGAAGUGGAACUAGUCGAAAAUUACGAUAAGAAUCACUACGGAGUCGCAGGUUGGCCAUUUAAAGGCGUUCAGUGGGAAGCCUGUUUAAGGCUUAGAGAGGCUAUACUACUAGGUGUAUAG